UGGCUGGGAUGUGAGGGUGCAUUACCUGCCAACACGUUUUACCUGUAAUCUGUAGGUAACACACAGGUAACUGUACAGGUGCACAUCGACUGUUACCUGUAUAGCACACCUGUGAUUUUGUGCACCAUUACAAUAUACCUAUACUUCUGACCAUUGGACCUAAUCUUGGCCGGAAUAUGGAAGUGGACACUAUACAAUUUUGGCCAUUGUUAAGUGGACACGAGUGGACAUUCAAUGACUUUGGGAUUUAGAUAAUGGGCGUUUUUCUCAAUACGGCGUAUCACAUUACAUGGAAAUGAAGAUAUACUUACGGAAAAUCAAAAUAUUUACAUAAGCUAUUUACACAUGUAAAUGGUGCUUGGGCACUGUUGGGAUGGAUUAGCCGGAGACCCAUGUCAAUAGAUCACUAAAAGCAGUCACUUUUAAGGAAAAACCGGAACCUGCUUUUCAUCACUCGCACCCAUUUCCCUUUGAUCCUGGAACGGAUGUGACGUCACCAGAGCUCCGUCAGUUGGAAUCCUGCUUACAUCUUGACUAUGACCGCAUGGUAUCCAGCGUUGAAGAUGCUAUCAUGGAGGAUAAAAGCCGAAACCGACAUCGGGUCACACCAAAGGAGCUUCUGAUGAAGAGCAACCCAAGCUUGUAUGCCGAUGUCGGUAAAAACCGACAAAUGAACAAUAUGCUUUCAAAUCGUCGCUGGGAAGUUGAUACUCACAGUAAGGAUGAUUCAAAUAUGAAACCAAUGUCCAGAUUGGAAGCUCCUGGUCCGUCCUUUCCGUUUCUAUCCAGAACCAGUAGUAUGAACAAUCUAAAUCAGUAUUCCAGUAGUAAAAUGUUACGGAAGCACCAUUCACAUAGUAACCAGGACUUAUCCGGUUUAGACCGGAAGGACCACAACAAGUAUUCGGCUGCCCUACACCGGCAACAGAAUUACAGUAUGGAGGACCUCCGACACGUCAGUGAGUCUGACAAGGAAAAUAGGAAGUCGCUUUACUUCCCCGCAAUUCGUAGAGAACGCACAAAAACAAUGGCUCCUAGCAGCUUUCCUGGAUCAGACUCUGGUGUGAAUUUUCCUAAUGUUAGGUCCGAUCUUUCUGGGCCGUUACAGAACGGAAGUCACGGAGAAAUUCGUAUAAAUCACUCCAUCAGAGAUAAAACUCGACUUAAUGGAAAACCUUUCACUCACAAGUUGGAGAAGUGGUUUUCAGAGAUCCCAGGUGAGGGAUACGAUAAUGCGUAUCAUUCGCGUUUCAUAGAAAAUUCGGAUAGUUCAAAAUCUUCUUCACAAAGAGAAAAAGAAAUGAACGUACCUUCUAGAACUCAAUGGAAAGUACCUGUUUUGAAACCUAUGCAAAACAUUCCAAACAAGUAUUUGGAGCUGAGAAAUGAAUUAAAUGCAAACGGAACUGUGAACAAGGAAACAAACAUCAAUAGGGACCAGUACAAAUUGCGACAAAAGUCGUUGCUACAGCUGAAACUGAACGCAGCAGAGGAGCGAGAGCGACAUAUGACCAAAUUCUCUUUUGACUUUGACCAUGAUUCACGACAAUACACCUUUCAUACCGAUCGGUGUCCUCCCACUGAACAUCAACACCAACGACAUACACUCGAGGACCUUGCGAGAGCAAGAAAACACGUAGGCGAUGGUGUAAGAAAGAUCGACAUAGGAGAGUUCGCCAUAGACGCGUACAAUAUCAAACCUAACUCCAAAUUCACAUUCGCAAAUCUAGACUCCGAUGGGAUGUACGGCUCAGCAAAUGAGCAUAGUAACAGCGAAUCAGUAAGUUCGAAUGACUCGGUACAACGGACACCAGAACGAGGUGAUCCAUCAAGGACAGCAAUCGUUAAUUUGGAAAUGUCUCGUAGUUCGAAGGUCAAAUAAAACCAAUUCUGGACAAUCAGAAAACA